UUUUGCUGAGCGUGGUACUAGUAAAUUUAUUUAGCGAUUUUGUAUAAAGAACAAAAAUCCUUUAAUUUUCAUUCAGGAAUAAGUAUUAAUUUCGCAGUGACAAGUACUUUCUCCCAUUCUUUAGCCACAACUAUCGCUUAUCAUGUCUUUGGCGGAUGAAUUACUGGCUGAUUUGGAAGAGAAUGACGAUGGGGAACUGGAAGCUGCUAUUGAAAACAAGACAUCCAAAGAUGCCGAACACGAAUUCGCAGUCCCUCAUCCUGUUAUUCCUAUGGAAGAAGACAUUAAAAGUGUCACUAUAAGAGAAUUAGCGAAGUUAAGGCACUCAGACCGCCUUCAAAGGGUCAUAGCAGAAAUUCAGCAGAAUGUUGGUAAUGAUCGCAAAAAGAUUGAGGUGACAGGACUCAUGGAAUCUGACCCAGAAUACCAACUGAUUGUAGAGGCUAACAAUAUAGCUGUGGAGAUUGAUGGUGAAAUUGCUAUUAUCCACAGAUUUGUCCGAGACAAGUAUCAGAAACGUUUCCCCGAGCUGGAGUCCUUGAUUGUCACACCGCUGGAGUAUAUCCGGACUGUAAAAGAACUCGGAAAUGAUCUGGACAAAGCUAAGAAUAAUGAGACUCUGCAGCUUCUGACUCAGGCUACUAUUAUGAUUGUGUCUGUGACUGCUUCUACUACACAGGGGAAAAUAUUGACAGAAAAUGAAUUAGAUGAAAUUUAUGAAGCUUGUGACAUGGCUAGUGAUUUAAAUAACUUCAAAUCAAGUAUCUAUGAGUAUGUGGAAAGUAGAAUGACAUUUAUUGCACCUAACAUCACAGCUAUCCUUGGAGCAUCAACAGCGGCCAAAAUCCUUGGUAUAGCUGGUGGGUUAUCCAAAUUAUCCAAAAUGCCGGCGUGCAAUGUUCUGCCCUUAGGCCAGCAGAAGAAGACUUUAUCUGGUUUCUCGCAGGCUGCAUCUCUGCCUCAUACUGGUUUCAUCUAUUUCUCGCAGAUUGUGCAAGAUACUACUCCUGAGCUGCGUUACAAAGCGGCUAAGCUGGUGUCGACAAAGUUGAUUUUGGCCGCGCGUGUUGAUGCCUGCCACGAGAGUACAGAUGGACACAUCGGUCGACAGCUUAGGGAGGGCAUUGAAAAGAAACUUGAUAAAUUGCAGGAACCGCCUCCAGUGAAGUUCGUGAAACCUCUACCCAAGCCUAUUGAGCAGAGCAGAAAGAAGCGCGGCGGCAAACGAGUACGCAAGAUGAAGGAACGAUACGCCAUGACAGAGUUCCGGAAGAACGCGAACCGACUCAACUUUGCUGACAUCGAAGACGACGCCUACCAAGAAGAUCUAGGCUACACGCGCGGAACAAUCGGCAAGUCCAGUACCGGCCGCGUUCGUCUCCCCCAAGUCGAUGAGAAGACCAAAGUCCGCAUCAGCAAGACGCUGCAAAGGAAUCUUCAGAAACAGAACCAGCAGUAUGGAGGAGCUACGAGUAUUAGGAGACAGGUGUCCGGUACUGCGUCAUCAGUGGCCUUCACUCCUUUACAGGGUCUGGAGAUCGUGAAUCCUCAAGCAGCAGAGACUCGUGUGAACGAAGCCAACGCCAAAUACUUCUCCAACACAUCGGGAUUCUUAUCGGUAGGAAAGAGGACCACGUGACUUCUAUAAGUCUGCUCUUGUUCUGUCUGAUUAGAGUGAAAAUGAAAUACAAUGGUCGAUGUACAAACUUGACAUGAAUAAAAAUAUUUGGUAAGUUUAA